GGCGCCCGUUGCGGUGGGGGAAGGGCGGCGUGUCCGGCGCUGGGCUCCAUGCGGCACGGCACGGCACGGCAGCGCUCAGUGCCGCCUGGGGGCGCCCUCGCACCGCGCCGCCUCCGCAGCCCUUUUGUUCGCCGGCGGCCAUGUUGGCGGCCCGCUCCGCCCGCUGUGCUGUGCGGGCCGUGUGGAUUUUGACGCAGAUUCUUCGUUGUCAAGCCGCCAAAGUGGAGAGUGCGAUUGCAGAAGGGGGUGCUUCUCGUUUCAGUGCUUCUUCAGGCGGAGGAGGUGGUAGGGGUGCACCUCAGCACUAUCCCAAGACUGCCAGCAACAGCGAGUUCCUGGGGAAAACCCCAGGGCAAAACGCUCAGAAAUGGAUUCCUUCACGAAGCACUAGACGAGAUGACGACUCCGCAAACGACAAAGAACGACAUGAUGCAAUCUUCAGGAAAGUAAGAGGCAUACUAAAUAAGCUUACUCCUGAAAAGUUUGACAAGCUAUGCCUUGAGCUCCUCAAUGUGGGUGUAGAGUCUAAGCUCAUCCUUAAAGGGGUCAUACUGCUGAUCGUAGACAAAGCCCUUGAAGAGCCCAAGUAUAGCUCACUGUAUGCUCAACUAUGUCUGCGACUGGCAGAAGAUGCACCCAACUUUGAUGGCCCAUCUGCAGAGAGUCAUCCAGGACAGAAGCAAAGCACAACAUUCAGACGCCUCCUAAUAUCUAAACUUCAAGAUGAAUUUGAAAACAGAACCAGAAAUGUUGAUAUCUAUGAUAAGCAUGAUGGUCCCCUCCUCCCUGAGGAGGAGGAACAGAGAGCCAUUGCCAAGAUCAAGAUGCUGGGGAACAUCAAAUUCAUUGGAGAACUUGGCAAGCUUGACCUUAUUCAUGAAUCUAUCCUUCAUAAGUGCAUCAAAACACUUUUGGAAAAGAAGAAGAGAGUCCAACUCAAAGAUAUGGGGGAGGAUUUGGAGUGCCUCUGUCAGAUAAUGAGGACAGUGGGACCUAGAUUAGACCAUGCGAAAGCCAAGUCCUUAAUGGAUCAGUACUUUGCCCGAAUGCGCUCCUUGAUGUCAAGUAAGGAAUUGCCAGCAAGGAUUCGUUUCCUGCUGCAGGAUACUGUGGAGUUGAGAGAACACAACUGGGUUCCUCGCAAAGCUUUUCUUGACAAUGGACCAAAGACUAUCAAUCAAAUCCGUCAAGAUGCGGUAAAAGAUCUGGGAGUUUUUAUUCCUGCUCCUAUGUCUCAAGUGAUGAGAAGCGACUUCUUUCUGGAGGGACCCUUUAUGCCACCCAGGAUGAAACUUGACAGGGACCCACUCGGAGGGCUUGCUGAUAUGUUUGGACAAAUGCCAGGUAGUGGAAUUGGUACUGGUCCAGGAGUUAUUCAGGAUAGAUUUUCACCCACUAUGGGACGCCAUCGUUCAAACCAACUUUUCAAUGGCCAUGGGGGUCACCUCAUGCCUUCUGCUCAACCCCAGUUUGGAGAACUAGGCAAAUCUUUUCUGAAAAAUCAGGGGCAAAGCCAGCUCUACCAUAACCAGAAUCAGGGACUCUUAUCCCAGCAACAAGGACAGUCGAAGGAUAUGCCACCUCGGUUUUCUAAGAAAGGACAGCUUAAUGCAGAUGAGAUAAGCCUGAGACCUGCUCAGGCUUUUCUAAUGAAUAAAAACCAAGUGCCAAAGCUUCAGCCCCAGAUAACUAUGAUUCCUCCCAGUGCUCAACCACCACGCACUCAGACGCCACCUUUGGGACAGCCUCCUCAACUUGGUCUUAAAACAAAUCCACCACUUAUACAAGAAAAGCCUGCAAAGACCACCAAGAAGCCACCUCCUUCUAAAGAAGAGCUACUUAAACAAACUGAAGCUGUUGUGACUGAGUAUCUAAAUAAUGGCAAUGCUAAUGAUGCUGUCAAUGCUGUGAGAGAAAUGAGAGCUCCAAAACACUUCAUUCCUGAGAUGUUGAGCAAAGUAAUCAGUCAGUCCCUCGAUCGAUCAGAUGAAGACAAAGAGAAAGCAAGUACUUUGAUCAGCUUACUCAAACAGGAGGGAAUAGCCACGAGUGACAACUUCAUGCAGGCAUUCCUGAAUGUAUUGGACCAGUGCCCCAAACUGGAGGUGGACAUCCCAUUGGUGAAAUCCUACUUAGCACAGUUUGCAGCCCGUGCCAUUAUUUCAGAACUGGUGAGCAUUUCCGAACUGGCUCAACCACUGGAAAGUGGCACCCAUUUCCCUCUCUUCCUGCUUUGCCUUCAGCAGUUAGCUAAGUUGCAAGAUCGUGAAUGGCUAACAGAAUUGUUCCAACAAAGCAAAGUGAAUAUGCAGAAAAUGUUACCAGAAAUUGACCAGAACAAGGACCGCAUGCUGGAGAUCUUAGAAGGGAAAGGGCUUAGCUUCUUAUUCCCACUUCUGAAACUGGAGAAGGAACUGCUAAAGCAAAUAAAAUCGGAUCCAUCCCCACAAGCCAUCUAUAAGUGGAUUAAAGAUAACAUUUCACCCAAGCUUCAUGUAGAUAAAGGAUUUGUGAAUAUAUUGAUGACCAGUUUCUUGCAGUAUAUUUCAAGUGAAGUUAACCCACCUAGUGACGAAUCAGAUUCUUCAUCUGCUCCAUCGAAAGAGCAACUAGAGCAGGAGAAACAACUGCUUCUUUCCUUCAAGCCAGUAAUGCAGAAGUUCCUCCAUGACCAUGUUGAUCUGCAAGUGAGUGCUUUAUAUGCGCUCCAGGUGCACUGCUACAACAGUAACUUUCCAAAAGGCAUGUUACUGCGCUUCUUUGUUCAUUUCUAUGAUAUGGAGAUCAUUGAAGAAGAAGCCUUUUUGGCAUGGAAAGAAGAUAUUACUCAAGAGUUUCCAGGAAAAGGCAAAGCUUUAUUCCAGGUAAACCAGUGGCUAACCUGGCUGGAAACUGCUGAAGAAGAAGAAUCUGAAGAAGAAGCUGACUAAAGAACCAGCCAAAGCCUUAAAUUGUGCAAACAUACUGUUGCUAUGAUGUAACUGCAUUUGACCUAACCACUGCGAAAAUUCAUUCCGCUGUAAUGUUUCACAAUAUUUAAAGCAGAUGUAUGUCAGUAGGAUAUCCUCUGCAAAAGGUUUUUGUAGUAUGUCUUAAUAGUCUACAAUAAAAAUAUUUUAGAGUAUCUUUAAUGUUUAGGUAACAGUGUAUUAGCAGCAUGCAAUAAUUACAUCAUAAGUUCUCGAGCAGAAGCAGUCUGUUGCAAGGGUCUUCUUUGCUGCCAGUUAUCAUAGGCUGUUUUUAAGUUAGAAAACUGAAUAGCAACACUGAAUACUGUAGAAACGCACUUUGCUCAGUGUAAUACUUGAGUUGUUGCAAUAUUUGAUUAUCCAUUUGGUUGUUACGGAGAAUCCUUAACUGUAAUUGAUGGUUGUUGCCGUAAUAGUAUAUUGCCUGUAUUUCUACCUCUAGUAAUGGGCUUUAUGUGCUAGGUUUUAAUAUCCUUGAGCCUGGGCAAGUGCACAAGUCUUUUUUUUUUUUUAAAGAAACAGUUUACUUGCACAAAAACUGAUCAGCUGGACAGAUGAUUUAAUGCCCUUUGGAGGAGGUUUUUGUGGGUGUGAAACAUGAUGGUGAGAAAUUUGAAUUGGUCCCUCUAUUAUAAUAUUGAAAUUAAGUCUACUUAACUUAUCAAGACAUGUUCAUGCCCUGAUUUUUAUAUACUUGUAUCUAUCAAUAAACAUUGUGAUACUUGACUUGUUUCUGAACGUGUCCCAGCAGAAGGGCUUUGACUGAGAACUAGUUUACUUGCUGAAUAGAACAUCAGUAGGAGUUUACUUAGACUGGGAACAUCUUGGGAUUCUUUUUAUAAAAGGUCUGUCUCAAUUUGUUCAUGAAUUCUUAGUAAGAUCAGAGAGCAGAGCAGACACUGAUUUGCCAUGUUAGGAGGAUAACUGACAAAUACCUGUUGAAGGAGUAAGUGUGACGUUGCCUUGUGAUUCAGUGAGUAAUUUGCCUUUUUCUUCUUAAUGCUUGAAACUGACUUUCUUUAAAGUGGCACUGACUAAUUCGCUGUUUCUCCAAUAAUGAAAUUAGAAACAACAACAGAGUGUCAGCUUAAAAUGUCAUCUAUUAAAUGCUCAAAGUACUUUUACUUCCUAAAACUUUGUUCGUAGUGAAAUUUUUUCAUCAGUGGUUUUGCUGACUGUCAAAGGUGGUAUGUUUGUAGGAGCAGAAGUUUUCUUCUGGUUGGAGGCUUGUUCUUGCCAGUGCUGGAAGUGCUUUAGGCUGAGUGUCUUUCACAUGGUAGA